UCAUGGAUUUCUUCGGGCACUCUGACUCGACUCAACGCAAUACCAAUUUCGGCACGACCGUCGAGUACUCAGCAGUCUUCGUCAUAUUCUCAUUGCUCCAAUUGGAUACCAGGGUGCAUCUCUUUAGUCUUGAGCCAUGCCAUCCAAUAAGGAGGUAGUCUCAGGUGCUUCGAGUCUUUUGAUUCCGGACGGUUCUCUGACGGUGCAUGCAGAACACGAAUCCGAGAACUCUCCGAGCGGCACAGAAUAGCAAAAGCAACAUAUCGUCGAGCACUGCCUAUGGCCACACACCAGGAUCCAUUGGACUGCGUGGAUGGCAUCCGCCGCGGGCUCACAUGUUUACCUCGAAUACAGCUUCCACGAACAGCUUCUCCACCAUCGUUCCAACUUCGCAUGCUAGUGUAUCGCCUACGAGUGAUUCUGAGCUCCACGGGCAGUGUGACGUCCUUGCUCAACCACGUCUAGCACACAGAACAUCAAAUUCGCCUCUGAAUGUUCGGAAAACACGUGAGAAUCUGCGGACCGGAUACCUGAACGAUGUCGCCGUACCGAGUGGAAGCUCUGUAUCAGAUUUCUCGUACAACAAGCAUCACAGCGUACAGCCACUCCAAGAGAUUCAAAACCUUGGGCGGGACGAAUCCGCCAGACCUUCGUCGAGAAACACUCGCUUCAGUUGGGAGUCUAACAGUAUCCAUCUCACAACAGUCAUUGAGCAGUCUCCGGCCAAGCGUAUUUCAAUCGAGUCUGACAAGAGUGAGCAGAAGUCCGCUCCAUCACUCUCUCGCAAAUUAUCAGUUCGCAAAAGAGUUGUCUCAAGAGUCAAAGGCGGUCUUCUCAGCCGGUCGAGAAGCUCUUCCAAGGUACCGCUGAGGACAGAAGAUGAUGUCGCCAUCAGUUGCUCAGCUUCUGAGCACGAGAGGCAGGGUGAUGUAUUUACUCCACAUCUACUCACCUCUGACUCAGCACAAAGUCUUGUAUCCUUGUUGCCUGCGGAAGAUUUCAUCUCAACACCGGAUCUCCUCACGGCGCUCAAUCUGAAGCACAGAGAAGUUCUCAUCGGAAGUGAUGGCAGUUUUCCAAGCCCAUCACAAGAGCUAGAGCCAAGUCCUUCACCGUCCCCUGAAAAGACUCCUCGUGCAGACAGGAAGUCCACUCGAUCUUCAAAACCUCACUUCGUCACUUCACAGGCUGACCUCUCGAUGCUUCACAUCAAUCUCUCUGUCACACCGGCAUGGAGCACUCUAGACUUGGCUGAUGAGGCGACCAUAUGGGCCAUGAUCAAGGCUGAAGCAAGCGUCGGAAGCGACUCCAAAUUUACGGCAGACAUGAACAACGUCAAUCUACCUGCGUCUGAUCAACACAUCGGUAAAGUCCAUAAGCCUCUCGAUAUCAUCGUGUUCAUCGACAACUCACCUUUUGUGUCCCCAUUGGCUCUCAGAAGCAUAUCCGACUUUACCCGACGACUUUGCAAUCUACUACAGGAUGAUCGAGACCGCUUGGCGGUAUUCUGUACCAGUUGUGUCCAUGAGUCGCAAUGCCUAGCUACCAAUCAUGGCUGUCAGCUCUAUUGUUUGCAGAAGCCAGAUGCAGCAUCCCUCGCUAUUGAAGUGGCAGAGCUGUUGGUCGGCAAAGUAUUAACACCGCCCUCUGCAGCCAAAAUAUCUGCUAUGAUGCAGCACGCUAUUACUUCGGCGAUCACGUCGCUUGAGGGUACUUUUGACUCUGUCACACAUGGGUUCGUGUUAUCUCCACUUCCGCAGAGGUGUGCGUCUAUGUUUCGCGAUGUGGUAUCAUGGCCAGUUCACCAGAUCCAGGUUGGCUAUGCAUACCAAGCUCCCACCUCUCAAGACCGUCCUCAAGCUACCGGCUGGUGCUUUGAAUGGAACACAGCCAAUGAUAAUGUACUGGAGGCUCUCGUCCAGUCUGCACGCGAGGAACCUUGUAUCCAAGAACUUUCACACGUCAGAGUGUCUAUCAAUUCGGCCGAGCCAUGUCGUGUGGAAAGACUCCUAACGCCUCCUCGGAAAGCGACACUGCAUCCGGGCCAAUGUACGACUCUUUUCGCGAAGGUGCGCGUGCCCUCUGUCGUUCCCCAAACAACUUCAGGUCCAGCCUCGCUUGAGGGACUCUUGAGAGGGCUUCAGGAGACACUAGGAAGUCUCAAAACCGAACUGUUCAAGGCGGAUGUGCGAUACAGGCAUUCUCUUCUUCCGCUGGCCACGGAACUACGCGUUGAACAAGCAUGUGAGUUGGUCCGCACGAACAGAAGCAGCCAAUGGGGUACGAUCCGUGGACAAGAGGACCAGGAUGGUCUGGAAGUUGAGAUUGAGAAAGCCAGGUUCGCUGCGAGAAACUAUCCCCCAAACAUUGCAAUCAGAAUCUUGCACAAGAAAUUUGGCAAGUUCUGGUCCGGCAACGACGGGCCACCAGUACUGCAGCACUUGCUACGGUCGUCAGCAACAGCCAGACAAUUUCAAGACUCGAAGCGUACACGAAAUAUCACGUUGCAAUCAGCCGACGCCGAGGCGUUGCAGGUCUACAAUACCGCUCCGUCCACUCCGACACCCGAAGAGAACGGUACAACCAUAGCCACACCCGUGGACAAGAGUCAUAUCGACUACGAACCGAGACCGGACAGCCUUGUAGUACAAGAUGAGGCUCGGCGGAUCUGGCGGCACAUGCGACGCCACAGCCGGACGUCAGGGAUCUCAAGCACUUCCGAAGCAAGUAGCCGCACCAGCUCAGGGGUGCAACAGGCUUACCAACAACCCCGGCGACGCGGAUCGCAGGAAAGCGUGAUGGAGCGGAUGGCUGCUGCGGAUAUCCGCGUUCACGAGAUACGCCUCAAAGCCAUUCAGAACAAGCGCAGUGUUGGCGCUGAGACGUUACGAGACUUUAGUAUGAUGCAACAGCAUGAUGAUGUGGCCGACGAGGUGGGAUACGAGGCGUGUGCACCCUGGCUGUAAUUCAGUGAGAGGAGAAGCGGUCCGAAUCACCUGUCCAUCGUGGACCUGUCGCCUUCGAUGAGGCAAAAUCAUCGAUGAGAAAGCAAGGUACUCUGAGCUCUUGUCUAGGACAUGCAUCAGCUACACCACGACAUCAUCAGCAGAUCUAAAAAUGUCCCGAUUCAGUCAUCCGGAUGCACAACCAAGACAACGAUCCGGGGCUUGAACAACGAAGCAUGACCUUGUCUCACUUGACAUUCAUCCCCCGAAAACUCCCUACCAACCAAAAUA